GUUGCACUCAGCUCAGAAGUUUUCGGCGGCUGCGCGGACACCUCGAGCCGAGAUGAGUCAUGCCAAGUCGUGGCAACUUGACUAUAGAUUCACGUCUCUCACGACGUUCCUUUUCUUUCACGUCCAUCACGAUGCCCGCUGAUUCAGAGACUCAAAUAAUGCCAUCGAUAAUCGGCCCCAAUCCUCCAGCGGAUUCGACCAAUUCUGCUACCACGAGACGCGACUUUGGGUUCCUGCCUGUGCCUCGGUGCGCCCAUCUGGAUAGCUCUGGUGAGAUCGGUUACGCGAGAGUCCUUUCGUUUGCAUUCGCGGCUACUUUCAUACAACUGGCGCAAGCGUUCCAAGUCGACGACUUCCAAGUCUCGCGGAUUCCAAUUCUUCUCCAGGCCGGAUAUGCCACUGGCUUGCUGUUCAUAGCACCGCUAGGAGACAUAUUCCAUCGGCGGCAGCUCGUUCUAAUUCUCAUCGUAACUUCGGGAGCCCUCACUGUCGGUUUGGCAUUGACAAGAUCCUUGGUCGCCUUUGAAGUCCUUUCUUUCUUAACGGCAGUCGCCACCGUGACGCCUCAGGUUCUGAUCCCGCUCACUGCGGAUCUGGCCCCGGCAAACCGGCGCGCAACUUUCAUUGCCCUCGUCAUUGCGGGUCUUCUCACCGGCGUUCUCGCUGCUCGUGUUCUCGCUGGGAUCAUCACUCAAUAUUCAUCCUACCACAAUGUAUACUGGAUGGGCGCCGGAGGCCAAUUCCUUCUCGCCAUCGUCCUCUACCUCGUCGCGCCACCUGUCCCGGUCAAAAACGAGCACCUCUCGUACUGGCAGAUCAUGGCGAGCUUAGCAAAAUUUGCAGUGACCGAGCCCAUUCUUGUUCAGGGGUGCCUCAUCUUUUUCUGCAGCGAGGCGGUAUUCUCGGGAUUCUGGGUUACCAUGACUUUCCUUUUGGACGGCGAGCCCUAUAACUAUUCAACUUUGGUCAUCGGUAUAUUUGGUCUUGUCGGACUGGCCGGAAUAGGCAUGUCUCCACUCAUCGGACGGGCGGUAGACAACCUCGUCCCGUGGGCUGCGACCUUUGUUUCCGUGUGGUUCGUGAUAGCGUCUCAGAUCGUUGAGACGUUUGGGGCUGAGAAAAGCAUCGCCGCUGUUAUUGUUGCGACGCUGAUUCUUGAUGUCGGUUCUCAAGCUACUCAAGUUUCGUUGACCGCAGUCAUUUUCGAGAUCGAUCCAAGUGCUCGGGCGCGUUUGAAUACUCUGCUUGUCGGAUCCAUCUUUCUCGGCCAGGUCGCUGGAACCGCUAUCGGAACUAAGCUCUAUGUUUCUGGCGGAUACAAACUUUCCUCGGGCAUCCGCGUGGUUUUUGCAGGACUGGAGCUUCUCGUGCUCCUGGCGAGAGGCCCCCAUGCCCCACGACACACCUGGUUUGGAUGGGCAGGCGGGAUGAAUCUCCGGAAAUCAACGCCAGCGCCACCGAUAGAGAACGGCAUCCCGGAGGCGGGGGUUGACUCGGACGAAAAGCACCAGUAGUUCAAUCAAUACAGUGUAUUUCCCGCUCCCCAGCAGAGCAACCUAAAAUUCUGAUCGCCAAGUUGGAGUUUGAUUUGA